UCCCGCCCCCCAACAAAUCCCACCACCAAACUCCCCAAAUCAGACCUCGAAUACUCCUACGGCUCCGGCCAAAUCGACCCCCUCGCCGCCCUCAACCCCGGCCUCCUCUACGAUAUCACCGAAUCCUCCUAUCUCCGCUUCCUCUGCUCCAAACACCCCAACACCACCGCCGUCGCAAUCCUCACCGGCUCCCGCAACUUCAACUGCGCUAACUUCUCCAAUGCCAAGGGAUACGACGGCCUUAACUACCCCAGCUUUCACUACAUCGUGCCGGACUCCGCUAAGCCCUCCCUCGCCACCUACAGGAGGGUUGUGACCAAUGUAGGCGGGGGGGCGGCUGUUUAUAAGGCGAUUGUGGAGGCGCCGCCGGGGGUGGAGAUUGAGGUGAGUCCGGCGAAAUUGGAGUUCAGGAAGGUGAAUGAGAAGAGGUCGUUUAGUAGCCUGGUGGUGGGGGUGGCGGCGAUUGGUGGAAGGCCGCCGUAUAUCGUGUCGGGAUCGCUGGUUUGGAGCGAUGGCGUGCAUAAGGUUAGAAGCCCUAUUGCGAUUCAUUAUACUUAGAGGGGGAUGGAUGAUUGUAUGAGAUGAGUUUUUUAUUUAUUUUGGUAUUUUAUAUUUG